CAUCACUGCUUUCACCACAAAAACAAUAGCAUAUUCACCAUUUUCAUUUUCAAUUUGCUGGUGGUUCAAUUCGAUUCCUCCAGCUUGUUUGUAGCCGUAAUAAAGUGUUCUGAACAUUUUAAUUUUAUCAAUUGCGUAGACAGUGUUCGCUGAACAUUCAACAAAAGGAGUAAUAGAAUGCAAUCGCUACCAACGGAACGAAAACGAAAUCAACGCAAAUCGCCACUGACACCGAAAAAAUCAUUCCGAAAAGAAGAUUCACCACCAGUCGCGAUGCGUGUGGGUGGACGAGUGAAGAAAGCAAAAGUUCCGUUCGAUCCGUCUGAUGCUGUAACAAAGCGACGACAAACGGAUUCGUGUUUGUCUAUGAAAAGAGUUGCAGUUGGCAAAGACAGUCCCGUCGCACAAUACAGCUGCUUUAAUUGUAAAAAGUAUGAUAAGCCGGAGAACUUAGUUAACUGUAAGGCCGGCUGUUCGACUCAUAUUCAUCUCAAUUGUCUGCAAUCGAUUUGCGAAAACUUUGGGAAAAAUGAAGAACAGUCCUGGGAAUGUAACAGCUGUCAAUCAUGCACCGUUUGCAAUAAAGGCUCUUCUCCCCAGAAACCCAUUCUGAAAUGCUAUAACUGCUUCGCACACUUUCACGCAAAAUGUCACGGCUCCGAGGACAAAAUCAAAAUCAUCAAAGAGAAUCGAUUCUGCUGCGGCAUUUGCGGCAAACACCCGAAACGAGUGUCAACACCGAGCCGAACUGUGACGGAAAAGCCGCGAGCAUUCGCUCAACGGCGUGUGAAACCAACCGGUGCGGAUAACAAAUCGUCUGGCGGCGGUUUUCUCGGAUUCAAUGCAGACGAAGUGAUCGAAACAUCGUCAUCGGAUGAGGACGAAUCCAAUGAUUUGGUUCAAACUGCACGCGUUCAACGACCGGCGCAAAAUCGAAUGCCACAACGGCAUCCGAGCGGCACUGAUGACGAUGUGAGCAGUAUAGAUGCGUCCGAUUGGUCAAUUGAACAAGUUUUCAAAUAUUUUAAGAAUAUUUUUCCGAGACACGCGCACGUCUUCAAAGAUCACGAGAUCGAUGGACCAUCGCUCUAUCUACUAAAACGAGGUGACAUCGUCAAAGGGUUUGACAUUAAAAUUGGACCGGCGCUGAAAAUUUACGGCCAUAUAUUGAAGCUGCAAACAAAGAACAACGACCCAACACUGUCGUGGCACUGAUUGAAAACGAAAAGGUUCAUCGAUAUUGCAUAUUUUUGACGUAAAGUCUGAAGAUUUAUAAUAAAAACGACAAAUGAA